AUGGCCGCAGCGUUGUUCAACGUCAAGGAGCACAUCAUCGACGCCUCUCACAUCCGAGAGUUCGCCUAUGCCACAGCCAAUUCACAAGAUGCCACGCUAAAACUACACGUCAAGCAAUAUACUCCCAAAGACAAUCCAUCACCCCGGAGAGGUGACGUAACCUUGAUUGGCGCCCAUGCCAACGGCUUCCCCAAGGAACUUUAUGAACCAUUCCUCAAUGACCUUUACCAAGAGCUCAACAAGUGUGGCGUGCGUAUCCGUGAUGUCUGGUUUGCCGACUGUGCUUGGCAGGGCCAAAGUGGUAUCCUCAACCAGGAACGAGGUCUCUUGGGCAAUGAUCCUUCUUGGUAUGAUUACUCUCGAGACAUCCUACACAUGAUCAACACGUUCCGUAUGCCGCGCCCUCUGGUCGCCGUUGGGCAUUCGUUCGGCGCAAACGUCCUCAGCUAUACCGCACUGCUGCAUCCGCGUCUGUUCCACAGCAUGGUGCUCCUGGAUCCUGCUAUUGCUUACUACCACACAAGCCUCCCCAUGGAUUUCAGAGCAAGUCCUGCCGCCGCGAGCGUUGGGAGGCGUGACCGGUGGCCGUCGCGGGAGGCUGCCGCCGCCUUGUUCAAGAAGGCUCCGUUUUACCAAGCCUGGGACCCGCGCGUCUUGGAGCAAUGGAUCAAGCACGGGCUGCACAAUACCACCGCAGAUCCAAACGGGGAGGUGGUGCUGGCAACCACCAAGCACCAGGAAGUCUUUACCUUUCUUCGUCCCAGCUGGCCCGCGUUUGAUGCCGAGGGCAAAAACGCCAUUGACCCCAAAUGGAUGCCUGACGCCGGGACCUCCAUCAAAGUUGAAUACCCCAUGUAUCCUUUCUACCGGCCGGAGGCGAUAAACACCUUCAUCCGCAUGCCUAGUCUGCGCCCUGGCAUCGUCUUCAUCUUGGGCGGGCAGAGCAACGUCGUUAGUGAUGCCGACGUUAAAACGAGAACGGAGACCACAGGCACUGGCUUGGGAGGCAGCGGUGGCGUCGCCUCCGGUCGGGUCAAGGAGGUUGUGCAUGAGGACUACGGGCAUCUUAUCCCUAUGGAAGUUCCCCGUUUCUGUGCCCAGCAUGCCGCGGAUUUCCUUAAAAAGGAGUUGGAUAUCUGGGCCGUAGAGGAGGCAGAAUAUGAAGAAUGGGCAAAAAAGUCAAAUACCGACAAAGUAACCAUCUCUCAGGAGUUCAAGAAACACCUCGGCGUCACAGACAGGCCAAGGGCCAAGAUGUAG